CCCCUGGGGAGGCGGGGGCGAGUGGGGAGCCUCCGGCCCGCUUUGCAGGUGCAUCUCCGGCUCCCUCGGAGGUGAGAGGGGCGUCUUUGGCGAGGCCGACAAAUGGGGAGGAGGGGAGAGAAAGAGGAGGGAAAGAAAGAGAAAGAGGAGGAGGAGGAAGAGGAGGAGGGCGCUGUGGCGGCGACGUAAGAUCCACCUCCGCUGCCCAACUCCACUCGCCGCCCCGCCGGCCUUGCCUCACUUUCUCGAGUGGCGCGGCGCCACACACCGCUCCUUGCCGCCGCCGCCACCUCCUCCGUGGGUGGGGGGCUCGAGACAGAGCCGGCCCUCCUCUUCCUCCUCUUCCUCCUCCUCCUCUUCCUCCCCACGGGGCUCCAGAGGUGGGGGCUCUUUCCCCCUCUGUCUCCCUCCCUCCUUCUCUCUCUCCCUCUCUCGCGUGGCCCCCUCCCCGCCUCCGCCGGCGCCGCCCCCUCGCCGGCCAGAAAGGGGCUGGAUGCUUCUCCCGGGCGCCUGGGCUCCAGGAUGUUAGGGACGGUGAAAAUGGAAGGGCACGAAAGCAACGACUGGAACCACUACUACGGCGAGGCGCAGGAGGCCUACUCCUCGGUGCCGGUGAGCAACAUGAACUCGGGCCUGGGCUCCAUGGCCUCGAUGAGUCCCUACAUGAGCAUGAACGCCAUGAGCAGCGGCGGCGGGGGUGGCGGCGGCGGCAACGUGGUGACCUCGGCGUCGUCCUCCUCCUUCCACAUGUCCUACGCCAACCCGGGCCUGGGCGGGGGUCUGAGCCCCGGAGGCACGGGCCCGGCCCUGAACUCCAUGUCCGCGGCGGCGGCAGCGGCGGCAGCAGCGGCGGCGGCGGCGAUGGGCUCGGCCUUGAGCCCCGGGGCCAUGAACGGGCUGGGCCCUCCCGGGUCGGCGCAGGGCUCUCUGAACGGGCUGGGCGCCUACGGGGCGAUGCCGGGGGGCCACGUCGGGGGCGGAGGGGGCCCUCCGCAUUGCAUGAGCCCGCUGGGUUACGCGCCGUCGGGGCUGGGCCGGGCCGGGCGGGACCCGGGCAAGGCCUUCAAGCGCAGCUACCCGCACGCCAAGCCGCCCUACUCGUACAUCUCGCUCAUCACCAUGGCCAUCCAGCAGGCGCCCAGCAAGAUGCUGACGCUGAGCGAGAUCUACCAGUGGAUCAUGGACCUCUUCCCUUACUACCGGCAGAACCAGCAGCGCUGGCAGAACUCCAUCCGCCACUCGCUCUCCUUCAACGACUGCUUCGUCAAGGUGGCCCGCUCGCCCGACAAGCCCGGCAAGGGCUCCUAUUGGACCUUGCACCCGGAUUCCGGCAACAUGUUCGAGAACGGCUGCUACCUCCGGAGGCAGAAGCGCUUCAAGUGCGACAAGCAGCCCGGCGGCAAAGCGGGAGGAGGAGGAGGAGGAGGAGGAGGGGGGGGAGGCGGCGGCAGCGGGAACGGCAACAACCACCAAGGAGGCGACAACCGGAAGGAGCAAAGCACCAACUCGGGCUCGCCGUCGCAGCGGGGCGGGCAGGCCAAAGCGGGCCAGCUGGAGCCCGCCCCGUCCAGCCCUUCGCCCACCUUGGACCACGGCGCCGAGCUGAAGCCUUCCGUGGCGACGGCGGUGGCGGCCUCCUCGGUGCCCGGCGUGCCUUCCUUGGCCUCCUUGGGCCACCCGGGCCUGGGCUUGGGCCACCCGCACCCCCACGCGCACCACCACCACCACCACCACCACCACGAGCCGGCGCUGCACCUCAAAGGAGACCCGUCGGCCCACUAUGCCUUCAACCACCCCUUCUCCAUCAACAACCUCAUGUCCUCCUCGGAGCAGCAGCAGCAGCAGAAGCUGGACUUCAAGGCCUACGAGCAGGCGCUGCAAUACUCCUCCUCCUACGGAGCCGGCGGGCUGCCUUUGGGCGGCGGAGGGGCCUCCUCGGUGGGCGGCCGCGGGGGCAUCGAGCCCUCCGCCCUGGAGCCCUCCUACUACCAAGGGGUCUAUGCCAGGCCCGUCCUAAACACCUCCUAGCCGCGCCGGCGCCCAGCUCGGUCGCCCUCCUGCCCCCCAACAGGUCUCCCCAGCGAUCCUUCUGCAGACUGACUCUGUGCCCCAAUCUGGCACAGCCCCGACCUCCCCAUAGAACUCUUUGCCUACUCAACGUGUGCCCCACAGACUGACACCACCAGAAAGUAAGCAAAGGAAGGAGUGGGGAGGAAAAGAAAGGACUGUUACUUUACUCUCACGAUUGUGGUUGUUGUUAUUAUUCCUGUAUCCCAACGCGUCUUCUUUCUUCUAGUUUGGCCCCAAAAGCGCCCCCGUCCCCCCCCCCAGGUCCUAUCUACACUGACUAUUUAAUGCAGUUCAGGCUCCUACAGAAAGGCUGCAAAACAAAGCCCUUCACG